AUGCCUCUCAACUUCAACCUGGCAACCACUCUCGCUGGUCGAGCUCCGGCCCUGCUCCGUCAUGGACGCAGGGUCCCGCGAGCUUUGCCCUAUCGCUCAUUCUCCUCCGUGAGCCCUCUCGCCGCCUCCGCCCGAGUCUCAAUCGCUGCUACUCGCCCUGCAAACUCGAAGCGCAUUGGAACCCUCAAGGUUAUGCGCGGAUACAGCUCCGCCGCUAUCCAGGACGCACCCAACCCCAAGGCCUACCUUGACAGUGGAGUUAUUAAGCCUCACCAGACUGUUGAUGUCAAGAAGGUUCUUGUCAUUGGAAGUGGUGGUCUUGCCAUUGGUCAGGCUGGAGAAUUCGAUUACUCAGGUGCCCAGGCUCUCAAGGCGCUUAAGGAGGCCGGUGUUUCUUCUGUGCUUAUCAACCCCAACAUCGCUACCAUCCAGACCAACCACAGUCUGGCUGACGAGGUCUACUAUCUCCCCGUUACCCCCGAGUAUGUCUCCUAUGUCAUCGAGAAGGAGAAGCCCGAUGGCAUUUUCCUGUCUUUCGGUGGUCAGACUGCUCUCAACCUCGGUGUUGAGAUGGAACGUCUUGGCCUUUUCGAAAAGUACGGCGUCAAGGUCCUUGGUACCAGCGUCCGAACUCUGGAACUGAGUGAGGAUCGUGACCUCUUCGCCAGGGCUUUGGAUGAGAUUAACAUCCCCAUUGCCAAGUCGAUUGCUGUCGGCACUGUUGAGGAGGCUCUCGAGGCCGCUGAUACCAUCGGAUACCCCAUCAUUGUCCGAGCUGCCUAUGCCCUGGGUGGUUUGGGUUCCGGUUUCGCCAACAACGAGGAGGAGCUCCGCAACAUGGCCGCUCGAUCUCUUACCCUCUCUCCCCAGAUCCUAGUCGAGAAGUCGCUCAAGGGCUGGAAGGAAGUUGAAUACGAGGUCGUCCGUGACGCCAACAACAACUGUAUCACCGUGUGCAACAUGGAGAACUUUGAUCCUCUCGGCAUUCACACCGGUGACUCCAUUGUCGUUGCUCCCAGUCAGACCCUGAGUGAUGAGGAGUACCACAUGCUCCGAAGCGCUGCCAUCAAGAUCGUCCGUCAUCUUGGUGUUGUUGGCGAGUGUAACGUCCAGUACGCUCUCCAGCCCGAUGGUCUCGACUACCGUGUCAUUGAGGUCAACGCCCGUCUCUCUCGAUCUUCUGCUCUGGCCUCCAAGGCCACCGGAUAUCCUUUGGCUUAUACCGCUGCCAAGAUCGGUCUUGGACACACCCUCCCCGAGCUUCCCAACGCUGUCACCAAGACCACCACUGCCAACUUCGAGCCUUCUCUUGACUACAUUGUCACCAAGAUUCCCCGAUGGGAUCUUGCCAAGUUCCAGCACGUCAAGCGCGACAUUGGCAGUGCCAUGAAGUCAGUCGGUGAGGUUAUGGCCAUUGGCCGAACCUUUGAGGAGUCCUUCCAGAAGGCCAUCCGUCAGGUUGACCCCCGGUUCCUCGGAUUCCAGGGUGACAAGUUCGACGACCUCGACUUUGAGCUCCAGAACCCUACCGACCGCCGAUGGCUCGCUGUUGGCCAGGCUAUGCUCCACGAGAACUACUCUGUCGACAAGGUCCACGAGCUGACCAAGAUCGACAAGUGGUUCCUCUACAAGCUGCAGAACAUUGUUGACUGCACCCGAGAGCUUGAGGAGGUUGGCAGCCUGCAGAACCUGAAGAAAGAUCAGGUCCUCAAGGCCAAGAAGAUGGGUUUCUCUGACCGACAGAUCGCCAACGCUGUCAAGAGUACCGAGGAUGAGGUCCGAGCCCACCGUCUCAGCUUCGGAAUCCGCCCCUGGGUCAAGAAGAUCGAUACUCUGGCUGCUGAGUUCCCCGCCAACACCAACUACCUCUACACCACCUACAACGGUUCUACCCACGAUGUCACUUUCGAUGACAAGGGUACUAUUGUCCUUGGUAGCGGCGUUUACCGAAUUGGUAGCUCCGUUGAGUUCGAUUGGUGUGCUGUCAGCACUACCCAGGCUCUCCGAAACAUGGGUGAGAAGACCAUUAUGAUCAACUACAACCCUGAGACCUACUCCACCGAUUCGGAUGUUUCUGAUAAACUCUACUUCGAGGAGCUCAGCUACGAACGUGUCAUGGAUAUCUACGAACUCGAGAACUCCAAGGGUGUUGUUGUGUCUGUCGGUGGCCAGCUGCCUCAAAACAUCGCUCUCCGACUUCAGGAGACCGGUGGCGCCAACGUUCUUGGCACUGAUCCCAGGGAUAUUGACAAGGCCGAGGAUCGUCAGAAGUUCUCUGAGAUUCUUGACAGCAUUGGUGUCGACCAGCCCGCCUGGAAGGAGCUCACAUCCGUCAAGGCUGCUGAGGAGUUCGCUGACGAGGUCGGUUAUCCCGUUCUGGUUCGCCCAUCCUAUGUCCUGUCUGGCGCUGCCAUGACUGUGAUCUCUAGCCAGGAAGAUCUCAAGGACAAGCUUGAGGCUGCCAGCAACGUCUCCCCUGACCACCCUGUGGUCAUCACCAAGUUCAUUGAGGGAGCCCAGGAGAUUGAUGUCGAUGGUGUCUCUUCCAAGGGAGAGCUCAUCCUCCAUGCUGUUUCCGAGCACGUUGAGCAGGCAGGUGUUCACUCUGGUGACGCUACCCUGGUUCUCCCUCCUGCCAACCUUGACAGCACCACCAUGGAGCGUGUCAAGGAGAUCGCUAAGAAGGUUGCCGAGGCCUGGAAGAUCACCGGCCCCUUCAACAUGCAGAUCAUCAAGGCCGAGAACCCCGAAGGUGGCGAGCCCCUACUCAAGGUCAUUGAGUGCAACCUCCGUGCCUCGCGAUCUUUCCCCUUCGUCAGCAAGGUCCUCGGAACCAACUUCAUCGAUGUUGCUACCAAGGCUCUUGUCGGCAAGGAGGUUCCUGCGAAGUCUGACCCCAUGGCCGAGAAACGAGACUACGUUGCCACCAAGGUUCCCCAGUUCUCCUGGACCCGUCUUGCUGGCGCUGAUCCUUUCCUCGGUGUCGAGAUGGCCUCUACUGGUGAGAUUGCUUGCUUCGGUAAAAAUCUCGUUGAGGCUUACUGGACCUCUCUCCAGUCCACCAUGAACUUCCGCAUGCCCGAGCCUGGUGAGGGUCUCCUCUUUGGCGGCAACGUCUCCAAGCCCUGGCUCACCCAGGUCGUCGACUACAUUGCCCCUCUCGGCUACAAGCUGUACGCUGCUAGCCCCGAGGUCAAAGAGUUCAUCGAGGCCAAGUCCAAGACCAAGGUCGAGGUCGAGGUCAUUGAGUUCCCCAAGGAGGAUAAGCGAGCUCUCCGAGAGGUCUUCAAGAAGUACGAUAUCCGCGGAUGCUUCAACCUUGCCACUGCCCGAGGCAAGACCACUCUGGACGUCGACUAUGUCAUGCGCCGAAAUGCCGUCGACUUUGGCGUCCCUCUGUUCAUGGAGCCUCAGACCGCUAUCCUCUUUGCUCAGUGCAUGAGCGAGAAGCUUCCUCGCUCUGAAGGCAUCCCCGGUGAAGUCCGCCGAUGGUCCGACUUCAUUGGAGGUAAGCCCCUGUAA